AUGGAUAAUGUGCCUAUGCCGUAUUGGUAUGUCUGCUUGGAAAUUCUGGACGGGUCUCAAAGCAGUGCUGAAAGUUGUUUCAAAUUUCAUAUUCCAGUCAAGCCCAGGAAUGUGCAAAAUUGUACUCUGAGAGGGAACGGCCCUCUCUACAGAAGAAAUCCUAUGUCAAAUUCAACAUGUGCCAUGCACGCACUGCAGUCCUCUAGUAAGGUCGGUGUCGGCCAAAAAUUUGAAGCUUUCGCCUACUUUGAAGACUUGACAAGCGACGGGACUGAGGCAUGUGCGCUGUGUGAUCGUUUGACAAUAUCAACGCGCUCGGAUCCUGGAUUGCCAAACAAUCUUCUGCUUGACCAGACAUUUGGGGGACCUGACUCUGCCCGUUGGCCCUCCAUGCGGUCAAACUUGGUUGGAGUCUACUAUGGUGUAGGAGCGAUACAAGAAAGCUAUCAAUACCUGUACAGUCGGAAGAUCUUGUUCCAACCAGACAUCCAGCAAGUUGGGUUGAAGUACGCCAUAUGUCUGAAUGCUACAGAGCAACACUCGCCUGGUGCCGGGACGUGGCCAUCAGCAUCAGCAGAACAGUGCUUCACGCUCGAGGUAGUCAAGCCGAAUCUUGAACUAUUCCUUGAACCCCACAGCGACAUCAAUCUCAACCCGAACGCUCCGCUGAAGAUCACCGUACAUUCAAGAUGUCGCUACUCAUGGAAGUUUGCAAUGAAGGACAACAACGAUGUUGACUUCAUGUUGACUGAACCUGCGGCUGGCUACCAAAGAGGCUACUACACGCCCAAUCUUUCGGUCGAUCAACUGGCAACCACCCUCCCUGGUUCAUCGCUCGCGCGGAAGGAAAAAAUCCUCUUCUGCCAGGACUACUCGACCUUCAACUGUCCGAUCCAGGACAGGUACAACAAGACGAUGCAGUACUUGGAUUGGACUGUUCCCGCGGGGCUGGAGGCGCAGGACUUCAAUGUUUGCUUCGACAUCUCGGACGAGGUUUACAUGCUGGACAAGCAGCUCGUUGGCUGCAUCAGCUUCCAUGUUGAGAAGUGCAAGACGUGCGUGUCGCCCGCAGACACCUUGUACUCCCUCGCACUCGAUUUCCAGACGGACUGGUUGCAGCUCUGGGGGGCCAACUCGAUGAUCAGAGACCCGAUGAACAUCACGGAGACGCAGGUGCUCAGCCUCGGGCCCAUGCUUGAGGUCUACGCCACUCACAGUGUGGAAGUGGUGUUGAAGAGGUUCCGCAUGAACGAGACUUCCUUCAGGAGGCUCAACCCAGACAUAGUCGGGACUGUUGUCCUCGCGGGCAUGCAGAUCUGCUUGGCUCCUCUCGUGUGCCUGCAGGGAGUCUAG